CUCGUUGGAAAUUAGUUGGGAAAUUUAUUUUCCAUCCCGCGAGAACCCUUCCCGGACCACGGCCAAGAAGGAGAACGUUUGACGCUGCCAGCGAUUUGCAUCGCGACGGAGAGAUUUGCAAGCAAACACUUGUAACGCGCGCGCAUUUUCAGCAUGAUGUUCGAAACACGCUCCUCUCGCGCGCGUGUGGUGAGGAGGAGAUCUUGGUUGGAAUUUCGCAGCUGGCAGCUCAGUCUUGAUCUGGCGUUUAGCUCGUUUGAAGCUCGCGAAAAAUGGUGCUCGCGUUCGUUCGGUCGUGGUUCCCGGUGCUGGCGGUGCUGUUGCAGAUAUUCGCGGUCCAUGUGGCCACUUCGGCCUACCGGUACCACCUUGAGGAUUACGACACCCUGAUGGGGACUUGCGGUGAGCACGAGGCUUGCAACAUUGUCCACCAUCGGUACUGGAUGCCCAGCGCCGUGGAGAAGAUCUGCCGCUGUCCGCUGAACACGCCGAGCUGUCCGGUGACGUACACCAAGCACGGCCACGUGAUGAACGUCAACAGCCGGACGCAGAUGAAGUUCUGCUCGUCGACGAAGGGACUGGCCCGGUGUGGACCGAACGAAAUUGCGCUGCAGCGGAAGACGCUGUACCAGAAGUACGGCGUGAAGAAUGUGUCGAUCGUGGUGCACUGCCAGUGUGAUAACCAGCGCCAGUACUGGGUGUUUGUGAACCAGACCGGGGAGAACUUUAACGACGCCAGACACCAGCUGACCGUGGUGGACAACUAUCGAUGCGUUGCCCUGGAGCGCUGCAAGCCGCACGACUUUUGCGGGUACGCCCGCCGCGACUACGGCUUCAUCUUCCACCGGUGCACCUGCCCCCUAUCCCACCAGUGCAAGUUCGACCUGGACGAGUCCCAGAGCGAGGUGAGCGAGCUGUUUUACCGCGGACCGGCGUACCUGGCCCGGUGCGUCCCCAUCUACGACUACGACUGGUGGUGAGCCCCAACAUAAUGGUUUUGUGAUUAAAAUUGUGCAAUAAAGCGGUUUCUUACCUGGGGCGAAAGCGAAGCCAACUUCUUCGUCAC